AUGCAGCACCCCGUUUUACUCGAAACGAUGCGUCGAUACGAGAACCUGGAUCCUCGUGUGCCCCUAAUUUUGUCGAACUUUGACCUACUAGGGCCUUGUUCAGACCAAAUACUUCAUUUAGAUACGCUUCCCGAAGCAAGAGAGCCCACGCUCUCCCUCAUGAGCUGGCUCAAGAGUAUGGUAGGACUGCGACCGCUACUAACUGAAGGCCUCUACAGAAAUCUCCCUGGAACGCUUUUACGGCUCCUUCCAUCUCCCCGUUUAAACUUUACUCCGCCCCCGGCAAUUCUUGUCUGCAGUGAUGUCAUUGCAGCUGUGGCGUCCUACGGAGGAAGUACUAUUCGAUUAACGUUGGGCAGAUCGUCGUCGCAGACUGCCAUAUAUCUGGAUGUCAAUCUUCAUGACCGUCUGGCUCCUAUGGGAAGCGUCAUGAUCCUGUCAAUGGCAUUUUCUGGCAUGCGGACACUGGCAGUAGGCCUCUGUGACUGUGUUGUCAUUCUGAGAAUCACCAUUAAGCGGAGAGCACACAAGCUGUCGGCCACCGUUGUCCACGUUGUCUCUCUGAAGAGCAAUAUCUUAGAGAAUGACGUAGACAGCAACCACAGGAGAUCCCAUGCUCCCGUGUAUCCAGUUGUUGCGCAGACUCAGAAGGUAAGUACAGGGAGAGCGCCUAUGCGUCUCUUCUAUCGGCAAUAUCUGCCAUCGUUUAUGACUGCCAGCUCCUGCGGGAGGUACCUCGCUGUCGGAAGUCAUCUCUCCUCGCGCAUUGUUCUUGUCUCCCUUACCAAACUUAGCCCCAUCACAAGCUUUGUCAUCAGCGGCCAGUGCACAGCCAUAGCGAUGUCGCAGCGUGGCUUCUGUCUGGCUGUAGGAACAAGCAUGGGAGAGCUUUUGAUUUACGACUUUCUUACCAAUCGCUCAUGCACGGUCCAAAACCUUCCUUCUCCUCCCAAUGCAAUCUCCUUUGCGAAGCACAUCCGGUCCUCUAAUGCUGCUUGCAUCACAGCCAUGCAAAUAGCCAGGGGAGGAGAUAAUGUGAUGCUGGGUGGAGAGGACCUCAUCAAUGAGCUAUAUAAUUCCGGGCUGGACCUGGAGGACAAUACUCUCAAUACGUCCACUGCCAAGCAUACGAUAUUAGAGUCUUCAAAUGGGUCGGCAGGUAGUACCUUCCUAGAGAACGAGCAAACCUUCGAGUACAGUCCCACACUUUGCUUUGGACUUUCGGAAACCCUUGUCUUUAGCUGUGCGCGAUCUCCGCUAAUGUACUUCUACUCCGCUGGAAGCUUCGAUGGGGCAGCAAUGACUCCUACUAUCCGUCUGCAGCACAUGGGUACAUUUUCUGCUGCGCCAUACGAGGUUAGUGACGGACGAGCGGCAGGAGGAUGCAUCACGGGCCUUGAUUGGCACAACGACCAACUAGUUGUUGCUUGUGCCAACGCCAAGGACCUUUCGGGAACCAUAGACUGUUCGCUCCUCGUGUUGUCCACGAAGGUUGAGUACACAGGUGCUGGUCUCAAAACGUUUCUGACUGGAGUCGUUCUUCCUCCCCUCGGGGAACAGAUUUGCGACGGGGUCGACUCUGCGUGCGCGACUGCAUUAGGAGGAUCCUGCCUGGUAGCUUUCGGCCGGACGGUCUACCAAAUCAUCGUCUGA